AUGUUCGUGCUCAUUUACGUUGAUGACAUUGUUGUUGUUUGCACUAGUCUCAAGGAGUAUAAGCUUUUCGUCGAAGUUCUAAGCCGCAAGUUCAAGCUAUCUGAGUUGGGAAAUCUGAAAUAUUUCCUUGGAAUACAAGUUCGGUUGGAAAAUAAUGUAUAUAUUCUCAACCAACGAAACUACAUACAGAAAGUUCUUGUGCGAUUUGGAUUGGAACAAUGCAAACCCUCUAAAGUUCCAAUGGCAACAGGAUUUUUACAACAAAAGGAGGAGAAUGGUGAAAGUCUUCAGGAUCGAGAAUCUUUCCAGAGCUUAAUUGGGGCUUUGUUGUACAUCGCUGUUAACACCCGUCCUGAUAUAGCUAUAGCGACAUCUAUUCUUGGACGCCGAGUAUCAAACCCAACCAAUGCGGACUGGAUUGAAGCAAAGAAAGUGUUACGCUAUUUGAAAGGCACUAUAGAUCAUGAACUGCAUUUGGGUAACAACGACACGAAACAAAUAUUAGAAGGUUUUGUGGACGCUGACUGGGCCGGUGAAGUAAAAAAUCGGAAAUCGAAUACUGGUUUUCUGUUCAAGUUUGGCGGGCUUAUUGGAUGGUCAUGUAGAAAACAAACUUAUGUUGCAUUAUCCAGUACUGAAGCAGAAUACGUAGCAUUAGCAGAAUGUUUGCAAGAGUUGCAGUGGUUACUUAAAUUAAUUAACGAUGUAGGAGAAACACUAGAUCUACCAAUAUUAAUUCACGAAGAUAAUUAA